GUAAAAUAUCGGCUACUUUUAAAAACGAAGACACCCAAUAAUUACACAGCUACAGAAUAAAAAAAAUAUUAUAUUCCUUAUUCUCUCUACACGCAAAUUUUUUGUGGACGCAGUCGCCGGAGCUUUGCUUCUCAAUCUUCUCUCUCGAUCUACGCACAAAACGCCUUAUUUCAAUCUGCAGCCUCCUCUAUCUGCAGCGCCACUCGCAUAUUUUCUGCUGUUACCGAAAAUUUUCCGGAUUUUUUUGCGAUUUUUUAGGUGGAAAACGAGUAGUGAUAGUUGUUGGUGAGAAAAGAGUUGUAAUUUUUGGAUUUCGGAUGCGUGUGUGUGAGCUGAGUUGUUUGCCGAAGCUAGGGUUUAUGGAGCGGAGUUGAGGUGCAGCUUUCGCGUGGAGAAUUUUGUAUGCAAUAACUGGAUUUGAAAAGCCCGAGCUCGAGGCUCGGGAAUGGGAAGUAUGGCGUUGGAGAAUGACAUUGAGGUUCCGUUCAAUGCGGAGGCGAGCUCUGGAGACGUUGGCGGCGGAGGCGACGGCAAGUUUCAGAAAUUCAUGCUCUAUGAAACUCGUUCGAACUUUUAUAUGUUUGGAUUUGAGAGAAGAAAAAAGUACUGGAAAGUAUUGAAGAUAAGCAGAUUAGAGCAGUCCGAGCUAAAUGUUGUUGAAGAUUCGACAAUAUACUCUCAGGAUGAACAAUCCGAGCUCCUCCAAAGAAUUGCUGAUGGAAACAAGUCUACUGGUGGACUAAAAUUUGUCACCACAUGCUAUGGAAUUGUUGGAUUCAUGAAAUUCUUGGGACCUUAUUACAUGAUUAUAAUCACUAAGAGAAAGAAGAUUGGCACUAUUUGUGGCCACGCAGUGUAUUCGAUUGCCAAGAGCGAGAUGGUUCCAGUACCCCAUUCUUCUAUGCACUCGAAUAUGGCAUAUUCUAAAAACGAGAACAGAUACAAGAAGCUCUUACGCAACGUGGAUCUCACCAAGGACUUCUUUUUUAGCUACUCCUACCAUGUUAUGCUUAGUCUUCAAAGGAAUCUUAGCAAUCAUGAAACAGGAUUAUCCCUCUAUGAGACGAUGUUUGUCUGGAAUGAGUUCUUAACUCGUGGUAUACGUAAUCAGCUGAAGAAUUCGGUUUGGACCGUAGCAUUGGUUUAUGGAUUCUUUAAACAGGUUAAACUCUCAGUAUCUGGCCAUGAUUUCAGUCUGAUUCUUAUUGCUAGACGAUCCCGUCACUACGCUGGCACCAGAUACCUAAAACGUGGGGUUAAUGAAAAGGGUCGUGUAGCAAAUGAUGUUGAGACCGAACAAAUAGUGCUUGAGGACUUGGUGGGAGGAAGACCCAGACAAAUAUCUUCUGUUGUGCAGAACCGGGGUUCAAUACCACUCUUUUGGUCACAAGAGACCUCAAGAUUGAAUAUUAAACCUGACAUCAUAUUAUCGAAGAAGGAUGACGCCUAUCAAGCCACCAAGCUUCAUUUUGAGAAUCUAGCUAAGAGAUAUGGAAAUCCUAUUAUUAUUUUAAAUUUGAUUAAGACACGUGAGAAGAAGCCACGGGAAUCUAUUCUGCGUGCAGAGUUUGCUCAUGCUAUUGAAGUCAUCAAUAAAGAUCUCGCACAUGAAAAUCGCUUGAAGUUUCUUCAUUGGGAUUUGAGUAAAUACUCUAGAAACAAAGCCGCAAGUGUGCUGGCAUAUUUAGUCAAAGUAGCAGCUAACGCGUUGGAAUUAACUGGAUUCUUCUACUGUGAAUUACCCCCAUUUUCAAGCCAACUUCCGUGUAGUAAUAAUUGCAAUGGUGAUUGCCCUGAUGAAGACCUCUUUGUUAUGACCGAGGAUGGGCAUGAUGCGGAUGCUGAAGAUAAAAUUGGCUCUGAUGUGAAUGAUGCGGGUAGAAUUGAUGGCUCUGAUGUGAAUGGUUGUGAUGUUGUAAAGCCUCCAUUGUUUCAGAAAGGGGUGUUAAGAACAAACUGCAUAGAUUGUUUGGACCGGACAAAUGUUGCCCAAUAUGUGUAUGGGCUUGUUGCUCUUGGUCAUCAGUUGCAUGCAUUAGGGUAUAUCAAUAGUCCUGGUAUUAGUUUAGACUCCUCGUUGGCAGAUGAUUUAAUGAAGAUUUAUGAAGCUAUGGGCGACACUCUGGCUCUGCAAUAUGGUGGAUCUGCAGCACAUAAUAAGAUCUUCUCUGAGAGAAGAGGUCAGUGGAAAGCAGCAACGCAGUCCCAAGAGUUUUUGAGAACACUUCAGCGUUUUUAUAGCAACGCCUACAUGGAUGCUGAGAAACAAGACGCCAUAAAUGUGUUCUUGGGUCAUUUUCAGCCACAGCAGGGUAAACCAGCUCUUUGGGAGCUGGAUUCUGAUCAACAUUAUGGCGUUGGAAGGCGUGGUUCUGAUUUUGCAGCGGAAAAUAAUAGGUCAAUAAUCAAAAGAUCGUUUUCUGAUGGUAACAUUCUCUGCGACAACUCUGUUGAUGAGAAGGUCCUUCGGAUGGAUAGUUCUCAAAGGCCAUUGGGGGCGGACGGUCAAGGCUCUAACAUGGGUCUUUCAGAAUCGACUCCAGAAUUUUCAACUUGUGAUACUGCUAUAUCUUAUAACCGGUUUACACCCUCGAUGUCACGUAAACAGCUGUUCCCUGAAACGCAACAAGAGCAAUUCCUUGAAAAUGAGAGCACGUAUUUUGUUGAUCGUGGAGAUUCUUUUAACUGCUCAAACUUUCUCGAUGUUGACUGGCUAUCUUCAUCUGGGAACUCCUGCGAAGAGGAAACAUAUGAAAGAUCAUUGCUAAUCGGUUCUCCAAGCGUAGGGAUGUCUUCGGGCGAAAUCAAAAUGGAAUCAACCUCAUGGUAUCAGUCUGGAUCAAACUUGAAGGGAAAGGAACUGACCAGCGGAGACCUCGGCAGCAGCUCUGUCGACCUCACCGGAUUUUCUGACAGCUUCGUGCACUGGGUAACCCACGGCAACAUGCUUUUUCCUUAGACGUACAUUCGCCAAAAAUGGUGAUCUAACGGCCAAAGGAGAAAUGGAUGGAGAAAUUUUGGUACAGAGCGUAGAAGUGAAGGUAUUCUGAAAUUGUACAUUUGCACCAACUAAUUUUACCGGUCUAGUAAUUAUUCAUAACUUGAGAGAGAGUACAGAUAGUAACACUGCAAUCCUUUUUUUUUUUUCUUACUUUUUCUCUUGGCUUCUUUAGCCUUUGAUUUGUAAAUAUUAGUUACCUUUUUAUCUGUCGUUGUGAUUCUAGUAUUUCAUCUUUUCUGUACAUAUAUUGUUAUCAAUUUUAUUUCAUCAUUGGAUGUACCCUUUUUUC